AUGGCCUGCUCCGGCUCCGGCCCUGUUGCCGGACCACGAGCCCUCUCGGAAGCUCCAACGGUGUUUGUGCCCACUGUCAACGAUGCACCGCUCCUCCCCGCGGGCUUUCCGAACAGAUUGGACUCUCCCAUGGCAUGGACGGGCACCGACUUCGCCAAACACUCGGACUUCAUCCUUUGUCUUGAUGACGUGGACAUCAAGGAGACCGAAGCAGCUCUGGAACACUUCAAGGCCUUGGGGCUUGACGGCGACGUCAUGUCGCGAGAGUCCUUCCCGUUGCCAAGUCUGGGACCCAGGCUGGAUAAAUUGCGCAUGAACCUCCACGACGGAACAGGCUUCGGGCUUAUUCGAGGAUUAAAUCCGCAGAAGUACGCGAUUGAGGACUUGACAAUGCUGCAUCUCGGCAUCCAGUGCUACAUCGCCAACCGCCAGGGACGACAGGACAAGAAGGGAAACAUGCUUGUUCACAUUGUAGCGGACAACUCGUCCAAAGAGAGAGCCACUCAUCAUCGCCAUUCGACGACGCCAAUAACAUUCCACAACGAAGAGGCUGGCGACAUCAUCAGCUGGCUGACUCGAAGCACCGCCGCUACCGGCGGAAAGUGCAUCAUUGCUUCGGCCUACACCGUCUACAAUGUGCUUGCAGCGAGCCGUCCCGACUUGGUGCGCACGCUUGCUCGUUCUGACUGGCCCUUUGCUCUGCCCCGGUUCCAGUGUCGUCCAGUCAUGUUCUACCAUCAAAAGCGGCUGAUCACCAACUUUGGCAGAACAGCGCUGCUGGGCGGUGCCAGUUAUGCGCGUUCUGAACGCCUUCCCAAGCUCAGCAGCAGCCAGAUGGAGGCGUUGAACGCCAUUGAAGACAUCGCGCGCGCAACGGAACUCGAAAUCGCCACUCAGGCUGGUGAUAUGCACUUCAUCAACAACCUGGCCGUUCUGCACCGGCGCGAGGGGUUUGUCGACGGACAGGCACCGACGGAGCGGCGACACUUGGUUCGCAUGAGGCUUCGCGACGACGACCUGGGGUGGGCCAUCCCUGCCGAUCUGGCUUUGGAAUGGACCAAGACCUUUGAGCCAGGACGAGCCCGAACCUGGCAUCUCCAGCCCAUGCCCGAUGGCUUCUUUCCUCUGCGAACUCAACCCAACUGA